UUUCUGUGAAGAAUAAUUUUGAUUCUUCAGAAUAAACUGUAUGCAGAAAUUAAUCGUUUAUUUUCUUUUAAUAUAUUCUUCAGAAUAUCCAACCAAAAAUUAUAUAUUCUUCAGAAUAAAUUGCAUGCAAAAUAAAUUUAAAAAAUUAAAAAGAACCGCCUUAUUUUCCCUUAAUUUAGAGAAUUGGUUUUGGAUUCUUUUUCUCACCGAUUCGUGUGAUUUUUUUGUGUUUGGAAACCUUGAAAUGGUGGGAAAGAGACUGAAUUGUUCAAUUGCGGUCGAUGAUUGUUCAGAAAUGAAUUAGGCAGUGGCUUUCGUUCAGCGCUCACAUGGUUGCUUGGGUAGUUCUCGUCAUCGUGGUGUGGAAGUGCAGUUUGAUCAUUUGUAAUGGGUGCCAUGGAAAAUGUCAUAGAAAACAGAGAAGAUCGUUUACCAGCAGAAGCUAGGGAGAUUCUUCAAUCAUUGGCUUCCCAGUGGGAAGAUGUGGUUGAUUCAAAGGCACUCCAGGUGAUCCCUCUCAAGGGUGCAAUGACCAAUGAGGUUUUCGAAAUAAAGUGGCCAGCAAAGACAGGGGAGCUCUCACGCAAAGUUGUGGUUAGGAUUUAUGGUGAGGGUGUCGAUGUGUUCUUUGACAGGGAUAAUGAGAUCCGAACAUUUGAGUACAUGUCAAAGAAUGGUCAGGGACCUCGCUUGCUUGGGCGUUUUCCAAAUGGCCGAAUUGAAGCGUUCAUCCAUGCUCGGACACUCUCAGCAUCUGAUCUACGUGAUCCAGAUAUAUCUGCUCUUAUAGCUGCUAAAUUAAAGGAGUUCCAUGAACUUAAUAUGCCUGGCCCAAAGGAUGUCACCCUGUGGGAUAGAUUGCGAAAUUGGCUCAGUACGGCUAAGAGAUUGUCUACCCCAGAAGAAGCUAAUGCCUUUCAGUUAGAUUCAAUUGAAAAGGAAAUCUCUUUAUUGGAGAAGGAACUCUCAGGACCUUCUCAAAGUAUGGGUUUUUGCCACAAUGAUUUACAAUACGGUAACAUCAUGCUUGAGGAAGGGAGUAAAUCAAUAACCAUAAUUGACUACGAGUAUGCAAGUUAUAAUGCUCUUGCAUUUGACAUAUCAAAUCAUUUCUGUGAGAUGGCUGCUGACUAUCACACCGAUACACCUCAUAUUUUGGACUACAGCAAAUAUCCUGGUUUGGAGGAGCGCCAGCGGUUUGUUCGUUUGUACCUGAGUUCUUCAGGCAAUCACCCUACUGAGAAUGAAGUGGAGCAGCUGGUUCAAGAUGUUGAGAACUAUACUCUUGCAAGCCAUCUGUUUUGGGGCUUAUGGGGAAUAAUAUCGGAACACGUGAAUGAUAUUGACUUUGACUACAUGGAAUAUGCAAGGCAAAGGUUUCAACAGUACUGGAAAACCAAGCCUAAGCUGUUGGGUUCUGUUGGAUCGUUACCAGAUGUUGCAACUGAUGGCGAACAAAAGGGCACUAAGAAAACAUUAUCUAAGCGGCCAAGUAUGUUCAAGAAGCUUCAGAAAUAUUUCAGCUUGACAAAGACGAAAACUUAGUUUCGGAGAUUUUUGCCAACUAAGAGUGACAUCGGUGUAAGAGGGGAAAAUAUCAUCCGAGUGUGCAUUGCAUAAUUAGGAUGAAGUGGUGUAACAUAAAACUGGUGUGGCGACUGCAGAGAAAUGGCAAAUAUAUGGCAAAUAUAGUUUUUAAAAAAAUUUAAGUUAAAAAAAAGGCGCUGACAGAUUGAUCUAGCAUAGAGUUCCUCCCGUAUAUAGGCGUUAACUGCAGUGUGGAUGCAUUAUCGGAGCCGAUGCAGUUGUUUGGGUGUUCCCUUUAGUAACAAGUGCGUUAAGGUUUAACACAGGGGAGUGUGGUCUUCUUGAUGGAAUGCAAUGGUUUGUUAUGCAUUUUUUGUUUGUGUUAUAUAAGUUUAGUGGAUGAUUUCUUUUUAGCUACUUUCCCUUCUCUAUUGUCAACCAAAAUGAAAACGAAAAAACGAAUUUUUUGUUA